AGAUGCCCUAUAGUUACUCUCAACCAUCCACAUCCGAAGCUAGUUGAAAUAGUGGAGAGGCGAGUGCCGAUGCAAAUUGGGGUGUUCCAGUCAAAUGUUUUUGUGGUAAGCCUGUAACACUUCAAGUGUGCAAAACUGGUUACAAGCAAGGCGAAAGAGUGUACAAAUGCCUAAUGCUUAAAGAUGAAGAGUACGAGUCCCGAAACCACCUUAUUCAGUGGUGGGAUCAGGCGGUAACUGAGGAGCUUGAGAAGGUAAAUCACUCACUUGAUUCUGCACUAAGACAAGGACAACUAGCAUGUAAUCAUGCUUUGGAGUCUAUCCGGGAAACUGUUCAUCUUAUGCAAGGCGAAAUUGAAACCCUUAAAGAAAGGUUACUGCCCAAAGAAGUCGAGAUUGAUAGGCUUAGGGCAUUACUUUCUACAUGGUAAUCAUAUGAUGUGUUUUAUGUUAUUGAGGAUGGUCUAUGGCAUUAUGUUAUGUUUCUGGAUUUUAUGUAAUAUUUGAACCUAAUUAGACAUGUAUUUUCCUAUUUUAAAUUA